AUGAAGCGCGCAGAUAUGAAUUAUUUACUCACUGCAGGAGUGGCUUCUCUCUCGUUUAUUGCUGGAUCAGAUAUAUUGUCUGCUCAGAAAGAAGAUUAUGGCUCUGCAGCCGCCAACAUAGAAGGUAGAAGCCGCUUCCAAGAUGAGCUGAAGUUGUACUUGCCUGGGUCAGCCCUACGGACGCCUAAAGGGCGGGACCUCAUGGAACCCUCAUCAGCCGCCACAGCGGAGUCAAACAUGCGUGUGCUACUCGACGUUUUGGGAGAUACGGAGCUGCUUGCUGCAAUUCAGGGAGUAAAACAGCAGACUUGUGCUGAACUACAAGCUACCACGUGUCAAGAGCACUUAAAAGAGAUUAGUUGUGAUAAAUUAGACAUAGCAGAAUUGCUGAACAAGCUGAUUGAUGCAGACAACCAGAUUAAUUCAGCAACAGGAGGCUCCCCCGGCUGCUCCGAAGCCUUGCGAAAGGGACUUAGCCUUUUGAACUUGGCGGCGAUAACAACUCCGUUGAGACAGUUCCAAGCAAACCAAGCAGCAGGCCCACUUCCGGCAUUAGAAAGUGUGUUUUCUAUUUUAAAUCUGGCUCCACCAGACAAUAGAGGGUCAUCCAGUGAAUCUACGGAUGCCGACAACCCCCGUGGAAGCAGCCAAGACCAAGAAACGCAGUUUAUUGAGCUGGCAAUGCAGACCUUCCCAGGGUCAUAUCUAUGGAUGGCAGGAGCCAGCGGACCCCUUGCCGAAGUCAAUGCCGUUGAGUACCUCAACGAGCUCAAAUAUAUGCUCUCUUCAGAUCAGCUAGAGUUUGCUAUUCCUCUGGAGCUUCAUGCUGGAGGAGCGUCCAAUCACAAAAGGCUCUGCAUGAGUUUCAGAAAGAGCCGUGAUUCUACUUGGACUACCAACAUCUCAUGUCGUUUUGAAGACACAGUUCUUGCUAAUUUGGAGGAGCGCUCCACAGGGACACCAGAAAAGCCAGUUGAGGUGUCUUUGAUUGAGUCUGCUUGGGCAACAUCAGGUUCAAAAGCUGUUCAGCAACUACCGGCAUACAAAAAUACGCAGUUAGCAUUCAAGCUUAUUGCUCUUCGAGCAGGAAGCACUGAAGCUGCCGCAUCGCUACUUGUUGAUGCUGAAAUGUGGUGGAAUCUAAUGUAUCUUGUUGACACGAGGACCGAAAAACAAAUUGCUGAUGGAUACUUAUCAGGUAAGCAGUGCUCGAAAUUCCGUCCGCAUGUGUGUGCCAAGGCUUUGAAAAAGGCUUCGACUAGGGAGAUUAAUGCCGCGUACGAAGACAGUGUGUCGUGUUCCUCAAAGUGGAAGGAUGCUUCACGGGUACAAUUGAAGUGUGACUCGAAAACACUACUAAUGCAGUGUGCAGCAGAGGCCAACCUGUACGCCCUCUUUGAUUCUGGUCUGGCUGACACAGUGAAAACCUUUAUGAGUGCGCUCGCAAAGAAAGCAGUGUGUGAUGACAACACCAAGAGCUGCUCCAAGAAAAAAGUCGCAAAGCAGACUCCUUUGGCUUAUCUGGGGGCUCAUUCGGACUCAAUGUCCUUAAGCUCUAUGCACGGACCCUUUGCAGAAAGCCUGCUGCGAGCUUUUAUAUUCCUUAGCGGCAAUUAUUGGAAGAAAGCUAAGGAUAUUGUGGAGGGAGUUGAUGCCGUUGACAACAUGCUUAGCGGGGUUGCAAGUUUGAUACCCUCACGUAAGACGUCUGUCCUUUUGUCCCGCUGGCUGCCACGCACUGUGGAAACACUCGCGAAGAAGUUCAUGGCCAGGAAAUAUUCGAAGAGGCAUCUUCGAUUCUUAUCGUCGAAACUCCCUCAAAAUUUUUACAUUAAACUCCAAGAAUGUAUCGAUUUCCUUGUACACCCAUUGGUGUUCCUUCACCUAAACCAGCUCAGCUUUUCACGCUCGGAACUCUCGGGAUCUAGAAAUAACUCUGGCGGUCUAUCAGAGCGUCUUGAUGAGCUAAUUGGGCAGGCAGCUAAAGGAGGCCUUCCACAGACACUAAAGGAAAGGCUCCAGCCAUCGGCGUCAACCACUGUAGACAUUACUGAGAACAACCCUGUUCAUAUUACCCCGCCUAAUCCAGGCACCUGGCAAGAAGUGCUUAAGUUGGUGGUGCUUGACCGCAUUGCUGAAUGGAUUGAGUAUCCAGAGAGCCAAGAACAGAUUCGCAGAGAAUGCACGGGCGGCAAGAAGUCAAACAUUGUCGCGCUGAUGAGGGAUAGCUUUGAGCUCCUGAAGACCUCCGAAUCUGAAAAUCUAACUCUGACAGGAAAAGUUCCAAAUCCAAGUGACACAUCCAUCGGAAAGCCGAAUGUUUUCAAACACCUUCUGGCUAAAGUGCUCAGGUUACCUCCUUACAAAAGUCAGCACCACUUGUUCACUGCAGUUAAUGUGAAGAUUCCUGACGCUUUAAAGGCAGUAAGGAUCCUCCUGGAUGUUUACCUUCAGCACAAAGGAGUGUUCCAAAACGAGCAAGUGUUUAUACAUGCCGUGAUCGACCUGUUUGCACAUUACGAACAAAAAUGCAGGUUGCCAUCAAGAGGACUUCUAGGGGCAAAUUCUUUUGCCAUGAUUCUUCGUGGAGACGACUUCGGGAUAAAGCUCUUCAGUCAACUGUUACCGAAAAGCCAAAAGGAUAUGCUCAAGAGGGCAAAAUACGGCUCGCCUACCGUAUUCACAAGCCAGAUGCAGUUGACUGGGAGCCUUCUGAGUGCUAGUGGCCACGCAGGCCUUGGUAUAUUUCUACACGCGCAAGCCGCCUAUUUUGGAGAAAUGAUUCGGAAAUGGAUCGUAGCUCGCCAGCAGGAUAGAAAGAGAGAAAUUAUUUCUUGGCUCACUCUCGGGGCAUUUUUUGCUUCGUCCUUUAUCCAGGUUGCACAAGAAGUUAGUGUUCCACAGGGUCUCCAAAACCAAACAGGAAGUGUCAACGUAUCACACUGUCCUCCCAUGGGCGUGUGCCUUGAUAGCAAUGGGGACGCCUUCGUUGCCGAUUCUAUCGACUCUCCUGUAGUAAAUGCUCUUCAUAUAGUAUUGAAAACAGGGCUUAUGGCGAGUAUUUCAAUCUUCGCCACCCCGGUAGUGGCAGUAUACAAUAUUGCAGUGUCCAAUUUCCAGAUCCUCAGCCGCCUUGAGAUGGCCCUGGGACAGUUUACCAAGACGAUUGUAAAGAAAAUUUCUCAGUCGAAAACCGUUAAACAAUUUAUGAGCCGAUUCAAGAAAGAGGAAGUGGUUCGGAAAGCAAAGCCUAUUGCAGAAGCUGCAGAAGGCUCAAGCCUUGGUAACAACGUCGAGCAGUCGGUCACUGCUUUCUUUGAAGGUCACGCUACUUCAACGUGCCGGGGAAUAUGGAAGUCUCAUACUUGUUCUGCUGCAAAGCGGCAUUAA